AUGGCCGGAUCUAGUCUCGCAUCUGGCAUUAUUGGAGGUGCUGCCUCAAGGGUGGCCGGGAAUGUGAUGGAUGAUGAUCCUAUCCUAAUAGCAUUAUAUCACCCACAAACAGGGCAACGCGUCUUUCGUCAGGCCAUUAUGGCAUUUCUUGACACCCAUCUUGAGCCGAUUAUCAAGGACAUAAUGAGAAACAAUCGACGAGCACCAGAAAGACAGGUCCUUAACCUGGAACUGACGGGCGAUCUGGCGAUUCUGACAGCGUCUGUCACAGAGGAAUCCCGGCUCUUCAUAGAACUCCGCUUUGAGGUAAUCCCAAACGACGACGCUCAGCCAAGGCCGCUUGAGCAAGGCAUACCUCCACCAGAACUUCCUCAACACCACCAGGGAGUCAGAGAAGCCUACAUUCUACCUCGCAGAGCUCCAGGCGUUCUUGAUGGGGCCGCAAAGUCUGGCGGCAAUGGUUUGCUCCUUGGAGCCAUUGCAGCCUGCCUGGCGCCGAUAUCUCCAGCAUUUCAAGCGUGGUAUUUUGUCCGCACGGUGCCAGGGUUGAAUAUGGGUGCAUUUGUCGGGCUUCCAACCUUGUCCGGAUUCGGUGCAGCGGCAGCAGAGGUAGUAAACCCUGCGUCCCCAUCAGCCACCAUGGUGUCCUGGGUUGAUUUUGCUGCUGAAUUUGGAUUGCACAUCAAUCGUGUCAUCGAGUGUGCUGCACGCAACGGAGUCGGCUUACACUACUACGUUGCCGCUGGGUAUCGCCAGAGAAUUGGCGCUGAGCAUCAUCAGCCCGUUAACAUCCUCCCAGGAGUCAACGCUGGGAAUACUACGGGACUCUGGUAUUUACGCCAAUUUCCAGACGGUUAG